ACAGCUUCUUCCCCUCUGCCAUCCGAUUCCUAAAUGAACAUUGAACCUAUGAACACUAACUCACUUUUAUUAUUUCUGUUUUUGCACAUUUUAAAAUUUAACUGUUAAUAUACAUAUAUGUACUUACUGUAAUUGAUUCACUUAUUUUUUCUAUAUUAUAAUAUAUUGGAUUGUCCUGCUGCUGCUAAGUUAACAAAUCUCAUGACAUAUGCCAGUGAUACUAAAUCUGAUUCUAGAAGCUUCAUGACUUUGACUUGACUUACUGACUUAACAGAGUGGUGGUAAAGAUCACUCUGUAUUGGACUAAGUGCUGGUAACCUCUGGCCUAGAUAACUGUUACUUGACUUGACCUGAAGAAGAGAAAAAAGAAGGCCGGCUGGUGGCGCAAUGACAUCAGCGCCGGACCCGGGAGCGGAGGUUCCCGAGUUCGAAACCAGUCGGGUCCACUCCCAAGUACACUUUCCAUCCGUGCCGGGUUGAGUGUCGAGAUCGCAACUCGGCCUCAUAAAAUAAACGGGAAAAAUACUGCAAAAAUGUGUGUGAGGCGUGGUGUGUCACACAGUCUCUCUCUCUCUCUCUCUCUCUCGCUCUGCGCCUUGUAAAAGCACGAAAAAGACAUCAUCACGGAUGCACGCACACGCACAGACUCGCAUGCACGCAGGCACACACCAAAAAAAAGAGAAAAAAGAAAAAGGUUAUUUGCAUCAAUGUUAAGGUGUUUAUAUUUGAAAAUUUCGUUUCUUCUAUUUUUGUAGUGUGUAGUUGUAAUUAUUAGAGUGUAAUAAUUAAGGGCUAGUAAGUAGGAACCAUUUAUCUAAUUUCCAUCUGUCUGUAGUGUAUUUUUUUGUUGCACAUUUAUUAUGGGUUAUGGUAACUUGUCAUGAGGGUCAGGAUGCUGGCAUUGAACCCCCAAACUCCUACACUUCAAGCUGUAAUAGUGUUGUGCUAACUACUGCAAUACUGUGGUUCCUGGUGGAGGAUAUGAAGAUAGGGCUGUGAUUUUGUGUGGCGUUUGAAAACUGGAAUGUGAUUUUUAAAUUUGAAGUAUUCAACUUAGCAAGUAGGUCACCAACCGCAUGGUAGGUUAAAUGUUUGGAUGAGCAAGAAAGUGGGUAACUCCAGGUUGAUGGAUUGAAUCCAUUAAUUGGUGCCUCAAAAUAGUCAAAUUUGUGAGCUUGACGAAGUUUGAACAAGAAAGGAGCUGUCGCGGGAGGGAAGCUGGAUAGUGUUAGAGUUUAAAGUGGACGAUCUUGGUAAAUAUAUCUAUGAGAAAUAGGAAAUGGCCCUGGUGAUUCCCAAAGGACACCGUGAAUCAACAGGAGAAAAAAUAUUGCAAGUAAUUCAUUGGCUGUUCUUGAACAGAUGGGAAUGAGCCUAGCUAUGCACUGAGGAGGGGCAUUAGACAAACAUGCUGAAACUUGCCAAAAAUUGAAGAUAUCCCAAGAUGGACAGGAAUUGAUGAACUAUUACCAUCAGUAAUGAACAAUGUUUGGAGGGGGUUUUGAGAUGGUGGAAAACCAAUUUAUUCUCUCUUUCAUGCAUCGCUUUCUUGAAUACCGUGGAGCAACUACCUACUUUGCAUUUUGUUUUCCAUUCACAUAUGCUGAAUGUCAGGAAAUGUUGAUGCAAUUGGAUGAAAGAUUUGAAUAUUGUAAAUGGCUGACUAUGAGCAGCCCUGCUGAUACUAUUUAUUAUCACCGUGAGCCUCUGUGUUACUCUCUGGACAAUCUACGUGUUGACCUCAUCACUAUUUCUUCAUGUCAUGGAAUGAUGGUUGAAUGUGAACCAAGAUUGGAAAAUCUUUUUCCAGACCAUUCCAUUUCGCGGCCACAUCUGUUCUCUGGAAAACAAGUAUUUUUUCUCAGCAGUCGUGUGCAUCCUGGUGAAACUCCCUCCAGUUUUGUUUUCAAUGGUUUUCUGGAGUUUAUUUUGCGAGCUGAUGAUCUUCGUGCUCGGAUGUUGAGGCGAAUGUAUGUCUUUAAACUUAUACCCAUGUUGAAUCCGGAUGGUGUAGUGAGGGGACAUUAUCGGACUGAUUCUAGAGGUGUGAAUCUGAAUCGUUUAUAUAUGAAUCCAGAUUUUAAUUUGCACCCUUCAAUUUAUGCGGCACGCGCAGUUGUCCUCUAUCACCACGUCAACAAUCGUGUGCCUUCGGACAAUGGUGAAUUGAAAAUGUUCUCGUCAUUUUUGUCCAAUGGUCCUUUAUGGACAAAAAACUUGAAUCAUUCCAUCAAUAACCCUUCAAUUUCCUCUGAGAUCUCACUGUCAGAAUUGGAGAAAAGCAAAAAUUUUAAGAAUGUUGCAAACAGUGAAGCGGACAGCCUCAUUUCCUCUAAAGACCUUGACCAAAUCGAUCCAUUGAUUCAAAGCCAAAAUAAUGAUAGGCAGUUGUUUCCAGAAUCACACAGUGAGAAAAUUAAUACAUCGAAUGGUGAAGAUACACUCAAUGGGAAAGCAAUUGAUACUUCUGACUCUUCAGAAAAUGCAGAGCACAUUCCUCCUCAUGAGAGUGGGAUUGCCUACUAUGUGGACUUGCAUGGACAUGCUUCAAAGCGUGGUUGUUUUAUGUAUGGAAAUUGUCUUCCAUCUGAAAGUAACCAGGUAGAGAAUAUGUUGUUUCCAAAGUUGAUAUCCAUGAACUCGGCUCAUUUUGAUUUUGCGGCUUGUAAUUUCUCUGAGAGAAACAUGUAUGCCAAAGAUAAAAGGGAUGGACAGUCUAAAGAAGGAAGCGGCAGAGUCGCAAUUUACAAAGCCACAGGAAUUAUUCACAGCUAUACUUUGGAAUGCAAUUACAACACAGGCCGUUACGUGAAUUCAAUCCCUCCUGCAUGCCAUGAUAAUGGACGAGCAACUCCACCACCAGCACCUACCUUUCCUCCUAAAUACACUAUAGAAGUCUUUGAGCAAAUAGGGAGAGCUCUAGCCAUUGCAGCUUUGGAUAUAGCUGAUUGCAAUCCUUGGCCAAGAGUUGUUAUGUCAGAGUACAGUUGUCUCACCAAACUUCGAGCAUGGAUGUUGAAGCAUGUUCGGAAUAUAAGAAGCACAGCAAUGUCUAAGAGAAAUGGUACAAAAGUUUUGAAAGGUUCCAGUGGGAUAACAUCUUCAGUCUCAGAAAAUUCUCUGAGUAAGACCAGGAGUAAUGGGACAGGGAUUCAUGGAAAUAGUAAUGUGCAUCAAAAUCCACCUCAGAUAAAAACAUCUCCCAGUUUCACAUUUGGCUGCAGCUCUGGACUAACCAAAGGAAUCUGUACACCAGCAUCUAAUCAUAAUUCUCCAAAAGGUGGCCACAAAACACUUGGUCCAGUGAGAGAAACCAGAGCACAGGAGAAGCGCCGUCAGCAUCAGGCCAUGCUGCGAGCAGCAGCAGUCAACAACUCCGGCAGCCAGCGUAAUUCUCCUACUUAUCGAUACAUGCAGUGCCCUACAACUGUCUCCCUUGGAUACUCAAGAGACCCAACCCAAGUUCAGCCUUCUAAGUUAGGGUCCUGUACUCUUCAACCGUCCUUCAACAUAUCAGGGUUCAAAGGUACGAGCAUGCCUGGUGCAUUUAACAAUGGCAUUCCUCAGGAAAUUAAAGAACAUGCUCAGACAUUGGAAAAUAUUACAGUUACUGGAAGAACAAGCCAUGUGCAGGAAGAAGAUGCUGUUGAAGACCAAGUAAAGGAAGAUAUAGUUGAGAUUCUUAAUGGGCUUAAAAUUGAUGAAGAGGAGAACCCACCGAAGAAGAACAAAUUAAAAUUCAGGGCUUCUUUUGAUAUCACCAGUUCUGAACAGCUGAGACCCAGUAGAAUCCCAGUGAGAAUAAGUGGCACACUUUUGCCCCAAGGAAAUCUCCGCCUGACUAGUUCUGUCAGUCAUAACCCACAACUGAAGAUAUUGAAAAGUGUCCAGCCUAAAGUUGUGCAAAAUGAGCCUAAAGGUUGUGGCAUAUUGGAUUGUUCUGCAAUUAGCUUGACUCCAGCAGUGAAACAUAACUCUCAAGAUUCUACAUGCACUACUAAUAAUGAAGCAGAAAAGCAGCUGGAUGUAUGUGCAAAGCUGCCGUUGGCAACAGGAACAGACCAGAUACCCACAUAUAGGAAGAUUUUUUCUUUUUGCACUGAUGGUUGAUACCCUAAUUAUGCUGUUUCUAUGGUUUGUAUUGAGCUACUUUCUCAAAUGUCUUUGAGUCUGCCUGAACUGUGUGUAUCUGGUGUCAGUUGCUGUGUUUACUUAGAGAAAAUACCAUCCUUCAUUAUUGUUAAUGAGUUAAAAUCUUGAAUUUCUCUGACAAAAUGGUUUAGGUGGUGCAUACUUCCAUAGGCAAAAUGUAGCAUUUCAAAACGAUGGCUUCUUAUUCUUUUUGAAAGCAAUGUUGUAUGUGCAUUAAAUAGAAAUGAAGUUUUUAAUCCAUCUACAGAUUUUUAAAUCAUCUAUAUAUUUUUGAAAACAUUGAUGCUUGUAGCUCAAAAGUAGCAAUGUGCCAAUGUAAGGGUUUUUUUUUUGAAAUUUUGAAGACUUUCCUGCUAUGUGUAAACAAGAAAGGAUAUCAGUCCAAAACACUGGGCAGGUGUUAACGUUUAACACUAGUUCUUAACAUUUCAUCAGAGGUUGGAUUCUUCAAGAAACUGGCCAUGCUUGCAACCACUCGUGAUAAAGAAGUAACAGAAUUUUUUUUCUAGUUCUCAUUUCCUUGAACUAAAGCACUUAAAACUCACAUUGCCAGCUGAAGGCAGGCACCACUGGUGAUCAUCUGGAUCACAUGUUCUGCCCCUGCAUUUAAUUUUUUCCUGUUUCUCAAAGAGCUAAAAAUGAAAUGAGUAUUUAAAAACACGGCAUAAACAAACAUUUGGCCUGACAAGCAGCUAUUUCCAGCUGUAAAUAUUGGGAAAUGGGAUAGGAAGUAAAGGAGACUUGUAUAAUAUUCUUGUCACUUUGAAGCAUUUAAAAGUGGGGACGAUAGGUGGAGAUUUUUCUACUAAGCUUGUCAGAGAGCCUUUAUUUCUCAAGGUAAUAUAUCUACUGAGAAUUGUCUAAUGUGCCCUAUCUGUCUGUCACUACUUGUGUACAGUUUACUUUUCCAGUCCAUUUUUGACAACUCUUUCUUCAUUAGGUUUAUACUGGAUAUCUAUCUGUGUGUGUGUGUGUGUGUAUGUAUAUAUAUAUAUAAAUUGGGAUUCUAUGCUGUUAUGAACACUCCUCUCAAAAACAUGUUUUUAAUGUGGUCAUUCAUUCUCAUUGGUUGGUACCAGCAUUUUUAAAACUGGAUUGACAUUAGAAAUGUCUGAAACAAUUGAAAUGAAAUGUUAUCAAAUGAUGGAAUCAUCGUGAGAUACACAAGAAUCCCAGAAGGUAUUUUGAUGGAACUGAGUAAAUACAACUAAAUGCAAAUAUUAUCAUUUUAAUUGCUGCAACUGCAGAAACACAAAGUGAUUUGCAGUGGAUGUAAGGCAUUGGACUUCAAAGAAUUGACUCAGUUAUCAUCAAGAAACAAAGAAGUUUAAUUAUCAUAUUGUAUCUGGUUCCAAAAAUGUUUGUCUGUAUUCAUUUCAAAAGACUGCAGAUUGUUGCUGUCUGCUGUUAUUGCAGUCUGUAACAUAUUAUCUAAUUAAUGACUUGUUACUUAAGUGCCUGAUUGUAUGUGUAGAAAUAUAAUUCUUUCAGCACAGAAGUGGCCUGUUUGGUCAGGCAGUUCAGCACUAUUUUUGUAGUUUGUAGAAAUUGAGAGUUUGUAAAACAAACACUUUGGAUAUUUGGUUAUUGUUUCAUAUCACUUGAUUGGCUCAUGCCUACUUUUACAUCAUUACAGAUGUAGUCUGUGUUACUUUUAAAAUUUAUAUUGGCAUUUGAAUAUUUCUUAUAUUUUUGAAUUUAGAACUGGAAUACUUUUUUCAGAGCUUGUUGUAUUCUUGAUAAGCAUAAUUUCUGAAGUUAUUAAUUUUCAUACAGAAAGUUAGAUAUUCUGCAAUGUGUGAAUGUAGGGUAAUGUGAUUGUGGAAAUUAUUAUACUGGAAUUCAUUGUCAUUGUUUUGGGAUACUGUAUAUCCAAGUUAAAACAUUCCAGUUAUUUGAAUUAUACUGUGAUUUAAGACAUUAAUUUUGCUAUCUUUCAAAAAUAGACACGUCAAUGUAACUUAAUUGUGCAAAUGGUAUUCAUCUGAAUUUGUAAAUCAUUUCAGGGAAAUUAUUCUCUGUAGCAAAUGAUUAAUGAUAAUGAUUACACGAUUAGUUGUGGAAACAACUUUUAGCUAAAGGAACAGUGGACUGGCUAACUGUGAAACAUUCCAUUAUUUUGAUUCAAUGUUAAGUAUUUGAGUGAAACUUGUGUUUGAUUGUUUUCCACCUAUAUAUUGUUGAAAAUGAUUUAUUUAUUUGUACAAUUGAAGAUCUCAGUACAAAUUUGAGAAUGUUAACUUAAACUUUUUUAAUAAUGAUCUUUCUUCAGUAUGGUAUAUCUAGCAGGAUUUGAUAACAUUUUUUACUUUUUAAAAGAAUGUUCGGACUUUCUGAAGGAAUUUUAACACUUUGCACAAUAUUUCAAAAUAAAGCCAGUUCAUUAACUGUGAAAUAAAUACUUCAAAACUGAAUUUAGCAAUGGAGCUCAAAAACAAUACCUUAGGCAGUCUUUUCCUAUUUCUCUAUCCCACAUACCACACCAGAAACUAAACACUCUCUUCUUAGAUAACAGGUUUUAUUUACAUAUGGUUGAAAAGACAUUUUCUGAAGUUCAAGAUGGCAGGUUUUUGUCUGAGUAAUGAGGCCAAAAAUAAGCACUUCUCUUUGUGGUCACAUUGCGCUGAUGCGGUCAGAAAAAAAUGUCAAAGAGUAUUUUAUGGUGUAACUUGCAUUUACAAUAGACACUAUACAUACAGAUAAUUUUGUCUAUUAAAACUUGCUACCAAUUGACAAUUUUCACCUUGACUAUAGAUGUAUGUAAUAAAAAUGUGUUGCAGAAGAUUGAAUUUGGUGGUGUUGUCAAGAUUUGGAUGAUAAGAUUUCCAUUUUCUACGUAAAGAAACUGAAUAAAAAUAUGUUCAGAGAUUUAUUUCUUAUUGUUUAUGUUAACUACUGGGGCUCUUGCAAAUGGUUCAGAAACAAAACUUUCCCAAUUCUUCUUUGCAGAAGUAGAAAAUUUGAAAAUAUUGUAAGUUUUAUUCUGCAAAACUAAAUUCUAACCAAUUUUAAAGAUGUGCUUUGAGGAAAUAGUAAUUUGCUUGAAAGCAUAUA